GAAAGUGAGACAGAGAGUGCAAUGGCUGUAGCUCAAAAGCAGAGAGAUGACCCUCCUAUUUCUUCUCUCAUGGUCCCCGACCUUGAAUAUGAGCUUCGCUUCUUCUCUGAUAUUGUCCGUCCGUCUCGGAUGAAAAAGCGGGCGACGCCACCGAAGACCAAGGAAAAGCUGUUCCAGAGAGGAACCUCGGGUUCGGGGUUCAACACGACGACUGCUAAGCAAGCAGUCAAUAAUGCAGAGAAGUUAAAAAGCCUUAGUAUUAAAAGAAAGAGAACAACAGUCAACAGCUCAUAUGAUACAUCCAAAGCUCAGUCUUCUGUUUUACAACAAGCAAAAGAGGUUCAAGCAAAUCUAGAUCCCAAAUUCCCUAGCCUUGUUAAGAGUAUGCUUCCAUCUCAUGUUACUUUUGGAUUUUGGCUGGGUCUCCCCAAGCACUUUUGUGAUGCACAUUUGCCUAAGCAUGAUACCAAAAUUGUUUUGGAAGAUGAAAGUGGGGAAGAAUUUGAAACAAAAUAUCUUUGGUUAAAGGUGGGACUAAGUGCUGGAUGGAGAGGGUUUUCUAUCGCUCACAAGUUACUGGUGGGAGAUAUCGUGAUUUUCCAUUUAGUCAAGCCUUCCAAGUUUAAGGUAUACAUUGUGAGAUCUAAUAGUUCAGAUGAAGUGGAUGGUGCUCUUGCCCUCUUAAAAUUGGAUACUUGCAUGAAACAAAUGAAUUGCAAUACGAAAACCAAUGCUUGUGAAGAGACAGUAAAUGAGGGUUUGGAGCCUCUUUCUCAAGAAAAUACUAUGGAUCUUGGGCCGAUAUCAGAUCCUUUAGAAGAUCACAGUGAUUUUGGCUCAGAAAUUUUGGAUGGAAUCAAAUUAUCAGAAUCUGUGGUUGAUUUUAAACAUGUUAGAAGUAUUGAGGGUUUCAUCAUUCUCGUUAAUGGUUUGGUUAUAAACUCUGAGCUUCCCAAAUUCCUACUGACCAAGUACUAUGAGCUCUGUUGCAGUCAGAAAUCAUUUCUUCAUGAGUGUCUCCUCGAGGGUCUUAACUGUAAAUUAGCUGCUGGAAUAAUUUCUGAGACUAUUAACAUUGCUGACGCCAUUAGAUCCUGCAAGAUUUGCACGUCACUAGAUCAUUUUUCCACUUGGGAAAAGACUUUGAAAGCUUUUGAGGUGUUGGGGAUGAAUGUGGGAUUCCUGCAUGCUCGGCUAGAGCAGCUUGUGAAUAUUUCACUGAAAUCAAAGAGGUAUGAAGAAGCUAGACUUGAACGAGAUCAUGCAGAAGAGGAGAAGCAAACUCUGGAGGCAAAGCUUUUGGAAAUAAAAGAGAGAAUGAAUUGCCUUGAUGCCGAGAUUGAGAAUCUGGAUCCUACUACUGAGAGGCUUGAGCUUAUGUUUGAAGAACUGGCUAAUGCCCCUUGGUAAUGAGGAACUAUUGUCAUUGGUUCACAGCUUUUGUGUAAAGUAUAGGAACUAUUCCAGGACCAGGAAUAUGUCGAUGCUUGAUGGCGAAGAGCGGUUUUGUUUUACUGGUAUAUUGAUUUUUUGGUGAAGUUUCUCUCACAUAAAUUGAUAGUUUCACAAAGGAACACUUUUUAUCAGCACACCAGUCAUCAGGUCGGAGACGGAGCUUAGUCACUCGCGGUAGAACCACUUUUUGGAUAAGCUUUCAGUGCUAUCACACCCGCCUUCAGCUUGAGGGGGGCUGCCAUUAGAAAGCACACGACUGGUAAGCCUUCGUAUGGGCCUUUGGCACUCUGACAGGUGAUUAAGGAGACUAUUUAUGUAAUGUAAAUGAAUCGCUAAUUCCAGAUUGAGCUUGAUACCAGCAUCAGAUCAGAAUCCAUUGAAGUUGACCCAUUGGCAUAAGGAGAGGUUGAGGUAUCAGAUGCCUUAGAUUGAAAUUCAUCCUUAUGGGCCAACUAUCUUUUUGUAAGAUAAGGUGAUUAAUGAUAGGGAUGGAUGACUGGAGAAACUAAUACAACUGUUAGCAAUAGCCAGAGGAGAUAUUAUUUUAUCUAUUUGCUCUCUCUUUUGUAAGCCUUUCGAUGAUUACCUAUUAUAAAAGCUGUAGUUAUUAGACAAUUUCAUGAGCCAUUGCUCUCU